AAGUCAUUAUGUUUUAGUCAUAUGUGCAAAUUUUACUUUUUUUCUAAUCCUCGAUCCCUAACAUCCGCUAUAAAUAAACCGAAGAAAGAAAUUCAACCCCCAAAAAAAGAAAUCUCGUCCCCAAAAAAUCCUCAAUCCCUAACUUACAAACGCCGCCGCCGCCGCCGUCGAAAUGCCGACGCCGAAGGAACUCAUCGAACUGAACCGGGGGAGCUCCGAGGUACACACCGACCCGGAGGUGUGCAAGCAGAAGACGCUGGAGCUGCUCCGGGAGAUCAACAUGCCGUCGGGACUCCUCCCGCUGAAAGACAUCGUCGAGGUCGGCCGGAACCGGGAGAACGGCUUCGUCUGGCUGCAACAGAAGAAGGAGACCUACCACGAGUUCAAGAAGAUCGGGAAGAAGGUGUGGUACGACUCCGUGGUCACCGCCACCGUCGAGGACCGCCGGAUGAAGGACGUCUCCGGCGUCAAAUCCAAGGAGUUCCUCCUCUGGGUCGCCCUCUCCCUCAUCACCGUCUCCAAAAAAGACGCCGAGAAAAUCGUCUUUGCCACUCCGGCGGGGCUGGCCAAGUCUUAUGCCGUGUCGGCUUUCGAGGGGGAGGAGGAGGAGAAGAAAGAAGAAGAAGAAAUCAAGAAUUGAACUAGUGGGGCAAAUUAGGGAAUAAAAUAAAUCUCAACCGUGCUACAGUGUUUCCGCCGUUGGCACGCGGCGUCCGCCGCCGUCUUUUUUAGCCUUCCCAAUUUCCCACUUUAUUUUCAUCUUGUUCUGUUUCUUUUCUCUUCUUUUUUUUUCUUCAGAAAAUUAAGUUUAAGGGGCGUGUUAGAGAUACAGCCAAACACUCUCAGCUUCUAAAAGUUAAUGUAUUGUACUCUUGUGGUUCACUUCUUGAUUAAUGCUAAGUACUACCUCCCUCCUAGAGUAUUUGUCCACUUUCAUUUUUACAUACCAUCCAAUACACUUCUUUAAUCCAU